AUGGACCAACCUGCAAAUGUAAGCUCUCUCAGCGCGAUGCAGAUGCCAUUCAUAUACUCACUGUCUUCGCAUGCGCCUUUCCCGGACCCUUCUGUGCGAUUUGGCGGCGUGGACCUACAGACAAACACAUUUGGAGCCCCAGAGUCGGUCCCGACCGAGUCUCAAUCCACGGCUGCCGACUCCGCCGGAAGCACGAUCGAUGGGAAGCGGCAAGGCAAGGUUGUGGUCCCGCCCGGGUCCUUUCGUAUUCCGAUGGUCAAGGUGUUGCCAAAGGAAACGAGCUUACAGUCGUAUCUAAGCACCGCCGACAUGCAUUCAAAUUCUCAUUACAAACGGCUUGCGGUGGAGAUGGAGGGCCACUUCCUCGGUCCUAUGCCGGUGCAAAGCUUUUUGAGACAUUUCCUCGGAUUGGAUCGCAUUGAUAUGCAGGCUAUGCCUUACCCCGUCCACGCCUUCAGAGACGUUCCAAAGGAACCUCCAAGGGAGGGACUCGUGUAUUUUCCACUGACCAUGGCUUUGAAUGCGGAUCCAAAUACCGACAGAGAGUCUCGAUGCCCUGGCUUCGUUUUCUACGUCACUGCCAACCGAGCCGACCAGAGCGGUGCAAAGGAUGACGGUUUGAAUGCCGUCAAGCCCGACAUCUGUGCUUAUCCCGAGGCUUUCGUCGCCCGUUUCCACAACCAACUUGAUGCUGAUGGUUAUGCGCCCACCGACAUGGGUCUCGCUGCACUCUACAUUGAGGUCAAAAAGAAUGAAACUGACGACAGUUUCGUCCGAGACUGGUCCCCUGCCGACGCAUAUCUCCAGCCACCUCCUAUCUCAUUCACCCGAAGCACCGAACCCGACGAAGAUCUUGGCCAGAUAAUCAACUACGCCUCGGAGAUAUUCAAGAGGCAGCACCGCCAGCAUCUCUUCUCUGUGUCCCUGUGUGGUAGCAAGGCACGCCUCAUUCGCUGGGACCGAGCAGGCGCAAUCGCCGAACGUGGCUUCGACACCACCGUCGAGCCAGCAACGCCUAAUGAGGAGAAGCUUUUCGGUGAUGCGAUCAACGUGCAUCUUUCGAAACAGGUCAAAUACUGGCAUCAAGGCCCAGCAACCGAUGCGGGUACUUUCAAUUACUACAAGGACGAACAUUAUGAGCCAUAUUCCGUCACCAGCAUACCUCUUCCUCAUCUUUUCCCCUUUGAAACGUUCCGCGACCCGGACCCGGCGAAUUCUCCCGAUCCAUCACAGUCUCCGCCGCCACGUUUGCUAGUCUCUCGCCCCAUCGUUGUCCCUCAUUCUUUAACCGGAAGAGGCGUGCGGAUCUACUGGGCGGCCCGUAUGGAACGCCGUCGUUCUUUGGGGGUGGUUCUCUUGAAGGAUUUUUGGAGGUAUUCGACGCGCAGGACCGAGGGCGAAGUAUUGAAGGAGUUGGACGACUUCAAGGUCACCGACAUUCCGACUGCUCUGUACCACUCAGACGUGCCUGGCCACCGCUGUGGUCCCUCAAAUGUUGAAGCUUAUCCUACGGAAUUCGGCUUCGAUCCUAACGAGAAAGACGUACUGGAGUACUGCAGUAGACAGGCCACUCUCACGCAAGAUUACGCGAACGCCGAAUGGGUGUACCCCAGUGUGCGGCAGCAGCUGAAGUUGACAAGGAUGGUCCACUAUCGCCUCGUGAUCGACGAGGCUGGCUACCCUCUUACGCGCGCUGUCGGGACUCAAGAGCUGUUGAGCGGGGCUCGUGACGCACUUCGAGCGAUUACGACAGCUUUCUUCAACGUCGCUCGCAAUAAACAGAAAGUUGCAUGGGUUCAUCGGAAUGUCAGUCCGCGCAACAUCAUGUUGUUUCGCGAUAGGACCAAGACCUCGAGGUCGGUCAAGAAGGGAUACCUGAUUAACUGGGACACGUCAAGCAGCGCUCCAAGGCUCACGGCUCAAGGCCCAAGGCUCAGGCCCGAUGAUGAUGACGACCCACCUGUUUCCGUCGAAUACCAGUUCUCUGCCUUCGGACCGAUCAAUGCCAUGUAUGCACGCAAUACAGGCUGGACCCUCGACUCGCGCCAACCUUCCAUCUAUUACACGGUCAUCGACGACAUCGACGCGCUGCUGUACUCGGUCUUGUAUUGCGCCUUGAAGUGCACAGAUCACAAAUUGGGCAAAUCUCUCGAGAACCUCAUCUUCGGACUGCUAUUCCCGGAAGUAGCUAGCACGCCGAGUCCAGGUACCAUGGUGGCGCCUCUAGCGAAAGAAAAUUUUCGCUCUCGUGUCGCACAGGCCCACUCCAUGUGGUCAGUUCAGGCUAUGAGGUCCUGGAUGACUCUUGCCGCGAACUGGUCAGGUGAUCGGGCCAAUGGUCACAAUGCCGCCGUGGCAGUGGAACCCACGGACGAGCUCCAAAAUUACAUCGCGGAACUUCGCAAGGGUUGGGACGCCAUCAACAACGCCAAAGAGCUCUUUGGCGAGUUCGGGAAGACGAACUCACUCGAACUCACCAAACACCCAACCAACAUCAAGUGGCAUAAAGCCACGUCCACGGCAACCUCCUUCUCGAGCGCAAACACGACUGUCUCAUCUACCUCGAGGGUUGACCCUACUACUUUGGUCUCAGAUAUUCCCAGAAGGAUGGUCCACGUUGACGAGCAGAAAGCCGAUAACGACGAUGUCAUGGACGACUCGACGGCCACCGGCCCUUCCGAUAGCACCGUCAGUGGAUCGUCGACCCCCACCGCGAGGUCUCAAACUCCCGCUGCGUGGCCGCAAGGAGCAUCUUCCAGAGUUGGGCGAACUCGGAGUCCCAGCCCCGGAACCAGCAAUAAGAAAAGUCGUGUAGAUGACACGUCAAGUUCAGCUGGAGGCGGGCCUCGAAGGAGCUUACGUCCACGCAAGUGA